AUGCAGCAGUAGCCACCACAAGAGUUACGUCACUGGGUGUUGUUGACAAACCUGUUUGUACACUUCCGGGAAAGGAAGUGCUAGCCGUUUUUAGCUAUCCUCUCCGUGGUUUAGAGAUGAACUAACAAAACUUUGAUGAGCAUAAUUAACACUCAAAUUAGCAACAAGCUAAUGACGACGCCGUUUAAGACCAGCGCCUUUUAAAAACAACUGUCGUCGAGAAGCUAGCCGGUUAGCCUGCUAACGUCAGCUGGAUAAAUCACAGAUCCGAAGUCAUGAUGGCGUCUAGUUACAGCGCCAAAGACGAGGACGGUCACAUCACCGUGUCUGGACCCGGUGGUGGGACUCUGCGGAACAAGAAGCCCGAAAACACCGCCUUUAAGCAGCAGAGGCUCCCCGCGUGGCAGCCCAUCCUCACCGCGGGCACCGUCCUCCCGGCCUUCUUCAUCAUCGGGCUCAUCUUCAUCCCCAUCGGCAUCGGCCUGUACGUGACGUCCAACAACAUCAAGGAGUUUGAGAUCGAUUACACCGGAGAUGACACGUCCAGUCCCUGCUACAACUGUGCACAGAACUUCAGCUGGAACAACACGAAGUCUUGCACCUGCAUAAUCCCCUUCCAACUGGAUCAGCCUUAUGAGAGCAACGUCUUCAUGUAUUACGGCCUCUCCAACUUUUACCAAAAUCACAGACGUUAUGUGAAGUCAAGAGAUGACAGCCAGCUGAACGGAAACAUUGAUUCCCUCAAGAAGCCCAGCAAGGAGUGUGAACCAUAUGCUUCCGUUGAUAAUAAGCCAAUUGCUCCGUGCGGGGCCAUCGCCAACAGCAUGUUUAACGACACUCUGAAGCUGUUUUACAAUGACCCCAACGGCACAAGUGUCCCGAUCCUGCUGACGUCCACAGGAAUUGCCUGGUGGACGGACAAACAUGUGAAGUUCAGGAACCCUGGAGGCAACAACGCAAACCUCACGGCUGUUUUUCAAGGAACAGUGAAGCCGGUGAACUGGCACCGGCCCGUUUACGAGCUGGACACUGAUCCGGAGAACAACGGCUUCAUCAAUGAGGACUUCAUCGUGUGGAUGAGAACUGCCGCCCUGCCCACCUUCCGCAAACUCUACCGCAUCAUCCAAAAGAACAACAAUAUGGCCCCCACGCUGCCCCGAGGAAACUACACCUUAGUGGUGGACUACAACUACCCUGUUCGCAGCUUUGAGGGCAGGAAGCGGAUGAUCCUGAGCACCAUCUCCUGGAUGGGAGGCAAGAACCCAUUCCUGGGCAUCGCCUACAUCACCGUGGGCUCCGUCUGCUUCUUCCUGGGCGUCGUGCUGCUGGUCAUCCACCACAAAUACGGCAACCGCAACAACAGCGCUAACAUCUCAAACUGAGGUGCCAGCUGCGCUCCGGCUCGCCUCCACCGCCAUAAAUGUGAUGCGAUGGUUAAUCCGAGGAAACGGGUGACGAUGGUAGAUUGAUCUUCAGCUGUAGUGCAGAGUUCAUGUUUUAAAGUCACUAAAAUGCUAAUCUUAAAGAAAUCAGCUGGAAAUUUGCUCAUUCCUCUUCUAACUAUACAAGUCUAACAAAAACGAUUGAUUCAGAGAUUCAAGUCAGCACGCAGAACGACCUGAAGCCCAGCCAGGCUCUUCAGAUAUUAAAAAAAAAA